UGUAUAUAUAUAUAUAUAUAUAUAUAUAUAUAUAUGUGUUGUGUGUGUGUAUAUAUAUAUAUUUAUAUAUAUAUAUAUAUUUUUAUGUGUGUAUAUGUCCAGGGGCGGACUGACCCUUUGGAAACUGGGGCAUUGCCCGAGGGCCCUGGGUCAGUAGGGGGCCCCAUGAGAUGCCCCUGGUACCUUUUUUCAUAGGCUUUUUUGAGUUUGGGCAAGGACACAGGGGCCCCAUGAUCCCCUAUUGCCUGGGGGCCCCAUGAGUUACAUUAGGGGGCCCCAUGAGAUGCCCCUGUUACCUUUUUCAUAGGCUUUUUUGAGCUUUUUUUGAGUUUGGGCAAGGACACAGGGGCCCCAUGAGAUGCCCCUGGUACCUUUCAUAGGCUUUUUUGGGUGUGGUUU